AUGACGAUAUCAAUGUCAAAAUAUUUAAUCGAAAUUCAUUUUCCUAUGUUUAGUAAAAUUUUCUAGAUGGACUGUAAAUUUUUCUAAUUUCUUUCUUUUGUAUUGUUAUAAAUACGAGAUUUUCUUUUUUUAACGUUUAAUUUAUUAUAUUUUUGAACGAUAUGGCGGCGGAACCCGUAAUUACCAGCGUAUGUGACAUGAUCGACAUGGCCAUCGGUACACCGGAGCUGGGUGUAGUGGACUUCGGAAUGCUUCAAACUGUGCUGCACGUCCUCGCGCAACAACUGGGAGUUUUGGCGAAAAAUGUGGAGCUGAGAGGCGUUGCAGGUAUAAUACCUGUUGGAAAACCUACUGACAACGUCCAGACUGUGGCUGUCAGCGAGUUUGUCGUCGACACAGGGGUUCCAGGAGGUUAUGAACUAGCUACUUCCCCUCCUGGUCCUGACAAAGACACCGUACUAGUUGUUGAACGUAAGCGAAAGUCUGAUCACGUUUUACCAAUGGGACAAGGACAAAUCGGCGGAGGACCAACCGCUAGGACUGCUAAAGGUGGUGGUGGUGGUGGUCAUCCCGCUCCUCACCCACCCCAAACCCCACGAUCGGGCCAUCCGAGUGCCCCGGAGCAACAAGGCACUGGGGCUCCGUCACAAGGUGCCUUCGGCGGUUCUCCUUCUCAACAAGGUGGUGGCGCUCAGCAAGGUCCUGGUAGACCUGGUGGCCAACAGGGUGGACCAGCCCCGCCUCCUGGUGCGGGUAAACAAGCCAUGCCAGGAGCUGGUCCAGGCCCAGAAAGCAUCUCUCUCGUUACUCUUAGCAAGUUUAACGUAUUAGAAAAUACAGUCGAAGAGAUGAAGAACCGCGUAUACGGCACCACACCUAAAAAUGAAGAAAUACUGCAAGAAGUCAGGUCCCAAGGCAAUCUGAAGGCUAUUACAGAUAUGUGGACCAACAUGAAUGUUGCGUCUAGGUUGGAUGCAUGUGAAGUAGGCAUCGGUAAACUUAGUUCGCUUGUAGAAGAUCUCAUAGGGGAGACUACUGAACUUCACAAAGCUGCUGGCACUAGUCCGAGUCCCCGAAUGGCUCAAGCAGCCAGGGAAGGUGCGCAAACUGGCCAAUUUCCUGGAGCUGCACCCGGCUACGGCCCACCUGGAGCUGCACCUGGCUACGGUCCACCUGGAUCACAACAAGGAUAUGGGCCACCUGGGUCGCAACAAGCCCAAGGGGGACAGCCACCUCAAGGAUAUGGACCCCCACCAGGUCAAGGAGGACAGCCAGGUCAAGGAUACGGGCCACCUGGUGGCCAAGGCCAGGCAUAUGGACCAGGUCAAGGAGGACAGCAAGGUCAAGGAUACGGGCCACCUGGUGGCCAAGGCCAGGCAUAUGGACCAGGUCAAGGAGGACAGCAAGGUCAAGGAUACGGGCCACCUGGUGGCCAAGGCCAGGCAUAUGGACCAGCUCAAGGAGGACAGCAAGGUCAAGGAUACGGGCCACCUGGUGGCCAAGGUCAAGCAUAUGGGCCACCAGGACAGCCGGGUCAAGGCGGUCCACUGCCUGGCCAAGGAUAUGGUCCAGACGGAGGCCAGGGCUAUGGCCCACCUGGAGGUCAACAAGGACAAUCCGGCCAAAUGUAUGGCCCACCUGGAGAACACCCAGAUGUGUAUUACGGUACACCUGGAGCACAACCAGGCGAGUAUUAUGGACCACCCGGCGCUCAGUCAGAACAAUUUUACGGUCAGCCUAAUGCACAGAGCCAAUACUACGGCCAGGGUGGAUAUGGGCCACCUGGGGGUCAACAAGAUCAAUUUUACGGCCCACCUAGUGGUCAGGCUUCAUCAUAUGGACCACCUGGUGGUCAAGCUGCUCCAGGAUAUGGCCCACCAGGAACACCUCCGGCUCAAGGAGGCAGACCUGGCCAAGCAGGACAGCCAGCUCAACAAACUAAAGGAGGACCGCCAGCUAAAGCAGGACAACAACAACAAGUUCACGGUAAACCGGCAGGUCCACCAGGACAAGGCUAUGGUCCGCCUCCUGGUGGGCCUCAAGGCCAGGCCGGUCCUGGAUAUACAAGUGGUGUAGUCCUUGCUCAUGCACAACAAUCCAUUGGCGGCAUUCCUAACGUGGCACCUGGCUAUUCGCCUUUGUUAGAUAUAUCUACUAUAGCAACAAAAGAUGAGGUCCGACAACUUCUGCGACACGUACAGAAAAUACGAAACGAUCUUGAUGUACUCACUGAAAGUUUCUAUGCGGCCAUGAAGGAAAUGAACGAAAACUUUAACCCACCUGCUGAUUUGCCUGCGCCCUCAACGAUAGCAAGUAGCUCAGUCGGCAGCGAGGCAUCUCAAGCCGGGCCAUUCGCUCCUAUUGGAGAACCACCAGCGUCACAAUAUCAGCCUCUCAUGCUGAUUCCGGGAUACAUAGAUCCUCCUCAAAUUCCCCAAAUUGGGCCUGAAAUACUAGGACGAAUUAACCAAUUGGAAAGAGAGUUGAGAAAAUGCUGCGACACCAUUCACAAAUCAGACGGAGUGGUUAAUGACCAGCUUACUUCUUUCCAAGAUCAGCUGGAAUACAUGUCGAGACAACUCGCGGGCGUGUCCGGUGACUUGGGCGCAGGGAAGAUAUCACCAGAACUCCUUAAGGAUCUGCAAGGUUUGAUGCAGCUGUUCCAGACGGUACAAGACAUGCAGAACCAACUGCAACAAGUCCACGAGACAGCGAUUAGUCUCGCCGCUGAAAAGGAGGACAGGCAGAACCAUAUUGAUGCUCUGUUAGAACAAAUCGAGCUGCUGAAGGCCAUAAAAUUGGAUCGAGAGGAUAUGGUUGAAGCUUUGGCCGACAAAGCGGAUCUACGCAUGUUAGCACGGAAGGUGUCUCACGAUCAAUUCGAGACGGCCUGCGAUGACCUCUCCAAGGGAUUGGAGCAUGCUCUCGGAAAACUUAACGUGCAGGAAGCAUUAUGGCAACAAGCGCUGGACGACAUCCAGCGAGAGAUUGAGACGAAACUGGACAAGAUGGAGCUGUCUCCGGUGAAGGAGUUCUUCAAUAACAAACUGAAGCAGCUACAAGAAAACUUGAAACAAAUGGCAGCACUGCGACGCGAAGCUGAGGCUGCGGGCACCAAGAAGAGACUACUGAGAGAUGUGAACUGCAUAUCAUGUGACGCGAAGGCUGUGAUGCAUAUGGAAGCGCCCACUCCACUUCCACCUAAACCACUGCCAGCCACUUUGUCUAUGAAACCAUACCUCAGUUAUGAAUUAGAUGCCAUCCGUAAGGCUCAAGCGAGCAAUUUGCCACAACGCAAUAUGCACGACUGGGAAAACUUAGAGAAACACACGAUGCCCAGACUACCGCAUAAAGUCAGAUCAGAAACAGACAAGCAUUUAUGCAACCGAUACUGUGGCGGGUCGCACACUGUCACCACUCCUGCGCAGCGCGUCGCCAGACUCGGCCACUUUAUAAAGCAAUGGGGCCCUGAGGUGCUUCCACUCUCUUCUGGAUUAGCAGCUGGUGAUGAUGGCAGACUUUAUAAAAUCAGCACCACAGAGGGCGCUAACGUUGGUCCAGGUGGUGCAGUAGAAGGCUCAUCGAUACCGAAGUCCCCAAUAAAGAAACCAGAGACUCCGAAAGGGCCGAAGCCACCAGCUUUCACUGCAGAAUGUCGCUGUCUGGAUCCGUCAGAACGCCCACCAAGGAGCUGAAGGAAAUUUAAUCUUGAAAAGACAUUUUCUUAUUAUUAACUUUGUUUAUAUUUAAAUAUAACUUCUUUUUCUCUUGAA